GCUGCAGUUGGCUGAAAGAGAGGAGGAGGGUGAAGCAAGAGGAGCAUAAGGGAAUGAAUGUGGAGUAGAGCGGGGGGUAUUUCCUCCUUUACUCAGUGCUGGAUCCAACUACCCCAGGCUGCAGCCCCACCAGCAUGAAGCCAGCUCAACCACCCUCUGAUGCUCUUACCCCAGGUCUACCUUCACCUUCAGCCUCAGCACCUGACAGUCUUCUGUCUGAUGACUCCAGGAUAAAGAUCACCACAUUCACAACAGAGUGUGCCUCAAAAACUGACAGAGACCCUGGGGAGAGCAGCAAAGCUUUUUUGAAGCAGGAUGUUUACGUCCCAAUGGACCCAAUUUCUGCUACAGCCCCCAGCCACAAGCCUCCUCAGUCAGCGCAGCAGCGCAGCUCACAGAAAACGCUGAGCACUAACAGUCCUUCCUCUGUCCACCACAAGGGGGAAGACACGUCAAAGAAGCAGGACCACCAGUCUCAAAUUGUCAAAGUACUCCCACUCCAUGCUGCCUGCUGCCCGUCAACACCAUGCUUUGAAGAGACGCUGCAAGCAGAGGAGAGCUUUCUCAGGACAGAUCCUUGCAGGACCUGGGGAAGCAGCAUUUUACCACUGAUGGAGACAGUCUCUCAUUUCAAACCCAGCAGGUAUCAGUCACAGCUGAUGUUCAAGGACAACAAACCUCUGGAAGUGGGGGUCCUGCGGAGGGUGAAGGAGCUCCUGGCCACCAUAGACCCUCAUAUUGCAGCCAAGCACAUCACCAAGGCUGACUGUCAGGUGGGCAGAAUUUUGGGUGUGACACCAGGGCUGCAAAGGAUGAUGGGAGUGAGCUGUGGUAUGGAGCUGCUAACAUUACCGCACGGCCAACAGCUGAGACUAGACCUGCUAGAGAGGCUUCAAACCAUGGCCAUUAUGCUGGCCGUGCACGUGCUGGGCUGCACAGGCACACAUGAAGAGCGUGCUGUGCUGCUUCAGAAGAUUAUCCAGAUUGCCGCAGAGCUGAAGAACACAACAGGAAACAUGUUUGGCUUUUCAGCCGUCAUGAGAGCCUUGGAGCUGCCACAGAUGUCUCAUCUGGAGCAAACUUGGGCAGUGUUACGACAGCGACACACAGAGGGUGCUAUCCUUUAUGAGAAAACUCUGCUGCCGUUUUUUAAAAGCUUGAAUGAAGGAAGAGAAAGCUGCCCGCUUUCCAACACCACUUUUCCUCACAUCCUCCCCUUUCUUGCACUGAUGGAAAAAAGUGAAGUGGGGAAUGAAGGAAAAGAGCUCUGGGACAUGGCAGAGGUUGGGGUGGAUAUGGUCAUGAAUCACCUGGGAGCGGCAAGAACCAUCGCUCAGCUUGGGGCCAUCUACAAAUCCAAUGCUAAAACUAAGCUACAAGGUUUCCAGGAGCAGCCAGAGAUCCUGGAGAUCUUUCUGACUGACUUUCAGAUGAGGCUGCUGUGGGGAAGCAGGGGAUCUGAGGAGAAUCAGGCUCUGAGAUACUCCAAGUUCAACCAGGUUUUAACAGUGCUUUCUAACAAGUUACAGCAGUAUUAAACCAACAAUCAGAGAACAAGGCAUAGGUCACUGACCAUUACUUGGAUAAUGGUUAGUUGACUCAAGUUCCUUUGUUUGUCUCUGAUCUUACAGUUGAUUACUGAGGGUGCUGAGGUGUCAGGGAAAUUGGGAGGAUGUCCUUCACAGAAAUCAGGAAUUGCCAUCCUGUCUGCCAUUAUCUCCUAAACCUCACAUUACCUGCAUUUCCAUUACACAUUUGUGCAAAACUUUAUUGAAAUUCUAGCAGCUUGACUCAGAAGAGAGAGAUGCCUGCUCAGCGAUUAAAAGAAAAAGCAUUUUAACAAUAAGCAUUUGGACCUUUUUUUUCUGUUUGAAAACACGACAAGCUCCAUUCAAGUUUAUGUCACAGUGCUCAUCUCAAAGGAAAAUUCAGGCUUCAAGCUGCAAAAGUGCGGCUGCAGAUGAAGUGACGAGGAAAGGAGGAGCAGCGGCGCAAUUCCGUAUGUCCCGCAAUUUCUAAAGAGCUGUGACGCUGCGGGACCUCUCGGUGCGCCGGCUGUGGAGGGCUCAGAUCAGCUACUUCAUACUAAGAUGCGCAUUUAUUUUGAAAAACGUGUUUCCAUUACAGUUUUGCGAAAAAUUUCUCUUUCGAUACAUCCCAAAUAUCACCUCCUCUAAGCACAAAAACUUUUUUUAGAAAAAAAUCCAGUCUUUUCUAAAUUGUGGUGUUUCCAUUAGGAGAAUUUAUUAUCGAAAUUCCAAUUCGCGAAAUUUGAGAGUUAAUGGAAACGCAAUUACUGUGUCACAGAAAUAGUUGGUCAAGCUUCAAAACUGAUUUUGGAUUCAUGUCAGCUCGUAAGACAGUAUUAACCGUAGGCAGAAACUAUUAAAGAGAAAGGAGGAGACAUAAUUGAAAUUUAACUCAGUUAAUAACUACAUUCAGAACAUGUUGUUAAAUGUGAUUUUUCUUUUUAAGUGAAUGAUUUCCUCACUACUAGCACAGAAAACUCUUGCAUAAAAAUCAAUGGAAAAAAUGUCUAUAAAAUGCUGUAAUAACUAUGAAUAAACACAAUAACAUUUUAAUGUGUGAUAUUAUGAAACUUGUAAAAUUUUUGCAUUCUGAUUUUCUGUCUGAGACUGAAACUUUUUGGUGCAAAAAAACAUCUUACAUACUUGUAAAACUUGUAAGGAUGUUAUUUACAGGUGUGGAUAUUAUCAAACAUUCUUACUAUGUUUUGCUUUGCACUUAUUCAGAGGUUUGAAGGACUUCCCAAACCACACCGAGAGAUUUAAUUUAAAAUGUUGUAUACUGGUAGAUUCUAUCUAAUAAAUUAUUACAUGCAAAGGUUCAAAAAAGAUCUAAAAAAACCUUUACAUUUUGUAAACAGUUUGAAGAAACAUUAAAACAUGUUUUUAAUCUGUAAGAACACAAAACCAGUUUGGAACAAAUUGUGGUCUCAUAUCAGGACUUGAAUAUAUUCCAAUUUUUUCCUGACUCUAAAGAAUAUUUAAAUUGGUUUUGCUGUUUAUGGUUAUAAGCUAUCUUCACAAUUGUAUCUAAAAUAAACUCCUGAUUUUGUUAAUAAAUAUUAUAUUCAUAAAACUCA